AUGGAUAUGAUGUUUGGUUAUCUUAAUCUUUCUGUUUAUCAUUUUUUUCAGAAUGAUAAAACAGAAGCAUGCAUAGCUGUUAAUAAGGCUAUGAAUACUGUCAAUUUUGUGGGUUUAGAGCAAUAUAUAAGAAAAUAUGUAAUGUUUCUGGUUUGUGAUGCAUCAAGCUUAAAGGAGGAUGAUCCAAAGAGUGCUAUCAAGAAGAUGUUUGAAGUAUAUAUGGAUGGUUCCUCCCAGGCGUUGUUAGCCCCUAGGGUGCUACCGAGAAAAUUUCUUGACAACAUCAAGAAGCCAAGAUUGCAGAGUCUCAUUGGCAAUAUAUUAAAGCCAGUUUCAUUUGAUUGUUCUCCACUAAAUUUGAUACUCCAAUCAUCGUUUGGUUCAUUUCUUUUACCUCAAACUGUAAGUGACCCAAAACAUCUGGUGGAUUUUGUUGAAGGCAUUAUGGAGGUAGUUCCUUACAACUUCCAAUUAGCUAUUGCUGUUUGCAAACUAUUGAGCAAGGAUGGCAGUUCUUCUGAUCUAAACUCAACCGGUCUCUGGUUUUGGGCCUGUUCAAACUUAGUUAAUGCAAUAAUGGAUUGCAUCCCAAUGCCACCGGAAUAUGUCUGGGUGGAAGCUGCAGAGUUUCUGAAAAAUGCUGUGGGCAUUGAGACAAUAUCACAGAGGUUUUAUAAAAAGGCUCUGUCAGUGUAUCCAUUUUCUAUUAUGUUGUGGAAAUGUUACUAUAAGCUGUUUCUGUCUAUAGGAGAUGCAAACAAAAUUGUUGUAGAAGCAAAAGAAAGGGGUCUUGACAUUGAUUUAGUUACUACAGAUUGUAUAUCAAAUGGGAGGACCAAUUUUGGUUGUCACAAGGAGGCAUCAACUUGA